AGGCACGAAACCGCGACUGUAAAGUGUAUUGCAAACAGCUUCCAGUAAUUAAUAUGUUUCUUUUGCCAGAUUUCAUACGACAAAAGUGACCUUGUGCGCGUUUAACGGGCGUAUACCGUAGAGUCAGCUGCGGUUACAUUUAGAGUCGACAUCGGUUAUAGGAUUAGUUUUGUGUUCCUGGGAAUUGUUGGUUCGUUGAUCAGAAGGUUGACGAGUUAAUAUUGAAAACACCAUGAAAGCUUUAGUGUUUGGCAUUUUAUUGCUCAGCGCCUGUUGCUUCGAUUUCCUCGAGGCUCGGAAGCGUUCCGGGUGUUAUAAAAAGGAAUACGAUCGAAAAGUGAAACCGGUCAAGACCCGCCCACGACAUUUCGAGUAUUUAUCAAACGAAAACCUUCCGGAAGCCUGGGACUGGAGAAACGUUGAUGGUGUGAACUAUGCUUCCCCCACGCGGAAUCAGCAUAUACCGCAGUACUGCGGAUCUUGUUGGGCCAUGGGCACGACUAGCUCGUUAGCUGAUCGGAUUAAUGUCGCCAGGAAAGGCGCGUGGCCGUCCGCUUACCUUAGCCCUCAAAAUGUCUUGGAUUGCGCCGAUGCCGGCACUUGUCAUGGCGGUGGUGGAUUAGCAGUAUUUGAAUACGCUCACAAAAAGGGCAUCCCUGACGAAACUUGUAACAAUUAUCAAGCCAUUGAUCAAGAUUGCAAACCGUUCAACCAAUGUGGAACCUGUUCGGAAUUCGGGAAAUGCUAUGUUGUGCAGAAUUAUACCGUGUGGAAGGUUGGAGACUUUGGCCCGGUGAGUGGCCGCGAAAACAUGAUGAUGGAAAUCUGGAAAAACGGACCCAUAGCGUGCGGAAUUUCGGUUACGGAUAAGUUUGAAGAUUAUAACGGUGGAGUCUAUGAGGAAUAUCUUCCGGGAGCAGGCAUUAAUCACAUUUUAUCCAUUGUUGGUUGGGGCAUCGAACACGACACCGGAGUUGAAUACUGGAUCGGACGGAAUUCUUGGGGUGAACCAUGGGGUGAGCACGGAUGGUUCAAGAUCGUCACCAGCAAAUAUAAAAAUGGAAAGGGCAACGACUACAAUCUCAACGUUGAAUCGGACUGUGCGUAUGCGGAUCCGAUAGUCAAGUUCUAGAAAUUUCUAAGAGUUUCUGAACGGCGUUUGUAGUUCCAGUGGAAUUUAGUGCUCAGUUAGCCACACUGGUGUGCAGUUUAUUUGCGCUUCCGGAGGUGAUUUUCGUUUGAACGAACCUUUCCGGUCCGCGUUAAGUGCCUUUUGUUUAACGUAUAUUCCGUCCUGUGUAAUCGUUUGAAUCUUUCUUAGUCUGCAUUGUAAACUGUUUGUGACGUUUGUGACUUGUGUACGAUUUUGUUUUUUGUUGUCUAAAUCGCAGCAGUUGCUAAUGAUGGUAGGAAAGCUUUUGUAGUAAACUUUUGCAGUGCGAAAAA